AUGUACGCCUCCACAUCAAAAGUCCUGGCCAAGUCAGGCGGUCUUUCUCUCAGAGCCUUCUCAACUACAUCUACUGCCAUGACCAAGAGACAGACUUUCGUCGAGCUGCUUCAAGAAGUUCCAGGACUUGGAAAGGCCUUCGACCGAAUCCUUGUCGCUCCUGGGUACGCCAGAAACGACCUCGUCCCCGGUCGAAAGGCUAGGUUCAUCCCGUUCAAAGAGAGCAGCCAAAGACAGGUUCUGCGGAUGAGUGACUCUGAAAGAGCUUCCCACAGUCUGCGUAUCGGUGCCCCCGGCUCGUCUGCCAGCUGGCAACAGCGCUCUGCCUCCGACCUUCUCCCUACCACCCAAGAACUUCUCAACGCCAUCCACAGCAUCCAAUCACCCAUCACCUUUUCUCUCCGUACCGUCUCACCUACCUCGACCUCUCUACAUGGGUCUCUCAACUUGUCCAAUGUUCACGAUCGUAUCGCGGAGGACUAUGGGUUGACGUCGAAAGAGGUGGAGAUCGAUUGGGUGGAGCAAGAGAAUGGGGCCAGGAUGAAGGAACUCGGAAAGUGGGAGGCUCUUGUAAAGCUGAGGCAUGGCGGGAGGGAAGAAGUGCCGAUAGAAGUCGAGGUGGUCAGACUCGAGACUGCAGAGCAAUAA